UGCUCCCCCCUCCAAUCAGGGCUCCCUUUCACGCGAGCGAGCCCCAUCUCCAUCCCCAUCUGCUGUUGCUGCCCUGAGCAUCUUUCAUCCUGGUGCUGAUGCUGAUGCAUCUUUCUCGUUGCCCGGGCAACCGUAGCCGGGGAAUGGGGAGGGGAGGGGGGAAAUGAUGGAGAGAAUCCGGCGCGCGCCCUGGCUCGCGCUCUGACUGCUGCUGCCGCCGCCGCCGCCGCCGCCGCCGCUUCUGCUAUUGCUGCUGCUUCCCCCUCAGCCCCUGUGUAUCUGGGCUGCACCCAUGCGCGCAUGGAGGAGUCAGCUUGCGCCCACCGAUGGAAGCAGAGGUUCUGGACUGGACUGGAGUGAAUGUACUACAGCUGCCACUUCUGCCUGAAAGGUCCCCGACAUGUUCAUCCCACUGCCGGUCCCCUUGGUCUUCCAAAGAUCCGCCGGCCCGGAGAACGGAUGGCGCCUCAAGUCGCCGCUCGCCCUGCGCUCUGCAAACGAAGUAAGAAUGUCUAAGCCCCUGGAGCUGGAGAAGGCGCGGCUGGAGCUGCAAGAGGAGCACACAGAUACAGAAAGAAAUGGACCUGACACAAACCACCAGACCCAGCAGAGCAAACCUUCCCCGUUCUCCCCGUCCCCAACCAGCACCGGCACCAAGAUCAAAGCUGAAGACCCAACAGAAAUUCCUCCAGCUCCAGCCCCAGUCCCGGCUCCCCAAGCUCAACAGCCACACCUGCCCCAGGCCCAGCUUAUGUUAGCUGGCAGCCAGCUGGCUGGGCUUACGGCCCUGAUGCCUGCCCAACAGCAGCUGCUUCUGCAGCAGGCCCAAGCGCAGCUCCUGGCAGCCGCCGUGCAGCAGUCCAAUGCCGCAGCUGCCGCAGCCUCCUCUCAGCAGCCUGGGGCUGAGCUGACGGCACCACAGAACCAGCCCCAGACGCCACAGCUUGCCCUGUCGCAGCCAAUCCAGCUCACUGCACAGGACAUCCAGCAACUGCUCCAGCUCCAGCAGUUAGUCCUUGUCCCAGGGCACCACCUCCAGCCGUCUGCACAGUUCCUGCUGCCACAGGCCCAGCAGGGACAGCAAGGGCUGCUCCCGACACCAAAUCUCUUUCAGCUACCUCAGCAAAACCCAGGGAGCCUCCUGCCGAACCAGCCUCGUGCAGGACUCCCAGCACAGCAAGUGACUCGGCCUGGCCUCCCCGAGUCCCACCUCGCUCACUCGCAGCCGCCCAAAUGCCUGGAGACCCCUUCACACCCUGAGGAGCCCAGUGACCUGGAGGAGCUGGAGCAGUUUGCCCGCACCUUCAAGCAGCGGCGUAUCAAGCUGGGCUUCACACAGGGUGAUGUGGGGCUGGCCAUGGGGAAGCUUUAUGGGAAUGACUUCAGCCAGACAACCAUCUCGCGCUUUGAGGCACUCAAUCUCAGCUUUAAGAACAUGUGCAAACUCAAACCUCUACUGGAGAAAUGGCUCAAUGAUGCUGAGACAAUGUCUGUGGACUCCACACUUCCCAGCCCCAACCAGCUGAGCAGUCCCAACAUGGGCUUUGAUGGGCUGCCAGGCCGGCGCCGCAAGAAACGGACCAGCAUUGAGACCAAUGUCCGCUUCGCAUUGGAAAAAAGCUUUCUCGCGAACCAGAAGCCUACCUCAGAGGAGAUCCUACUUAUUGCCGAGCAACUGAACAUGGAGAAGGAGGUGAUUCGCGUCUGGUUCUGCAACCGCCGCCAGAAAGAGAAGCGGAUCAACCCCUGCAGCUCUGCUCCCAUGUUGCCUGCCCAGGGCAAGCCACCUGGCUACAGCCCUCACAUGGUGACCAGCCCAGGCACCGGCACAAGUCUGCCCCUCUCCCAGGCUUCCAGUAGUCUGAGCACAACAGUUACUACCUUGUCCCCCACAGUCUGCUCCCUGACCCCCAGUCGGACAGCGGUGGGAGCAGGGGGCACCACCCUCAACUCGGUCACGCCACCCCCAAGCAACAGCACAAAUCCCAGCCCCCAGAGCAGCAGUCACCCAGCUAUCAGCUUGCAAGGCCUGAAUCCCAGUACGGGAAGCACAGUGCUAGGGGUGAAUGCAGGGUUAAACCCAGCGCUAAUGGCCACCAACCCGCUGGCCACCAUACAAGCAUUGGCCAGUGGUGGAAGCCUGCCAAUUACCAGCCUUGAUGCCAGUGGUAACUUGGUCUUCAGUACCAGCGGAGGCACGACUGGAAGCCAGAGCAUCGUGACUUCGUCGCUCUUCCUCAACCAUGCAGGCCUGCCCUUGCUGAGUGCUGCCCCGGGAGGCGUGGGGUUGGUGUCGGCGGCAGCUGCUGCUGUGGCUGCCUCCAUGCCCAGCAAGUCGCCCACCCUGACCUCCUCCUCUUCUUCCUCCUCUUCCUCCUCCUCCUGUUCCUCAUGCAGCUCCUCCAGCGAAGUGGCGCAGACUCUGGGGCAGGCUGGUCCCGGGUCCACCGAGCCGGAUGCCAAGACGGAAUGAGGGCUGAGGGGGGAGCACCCUCCCCGCCUUCUCGACACGUGGGGGUAGUAAGGAGCGGACGUACAAACCGACGAGUGAAACCAAAAAAAAAAACCAAACAAAGAAUUGUCAGCAACAGCCAAACGAAAAACCAACCAAAAAAUAACCCAAAGCAACCAAACAAGCAAAGCAAAAAGGGACAAAGGAAGAAACCAAAAAGAAUUCCCCAAACUUUUAGCGUUUAUUUUUUUUCCUUUUUUCUUUUUCCCCUCCGAUGUUCAGAACCAAAUGCCUUGCAAAAGGUGACUUUGUCAAUUGUUUGCUUGAAUUAUUUUCAUUGAGUUCUCUUUAUUUCUUAUUCGCUAGUUUCCUGGACAGUUUCAGAAAGGAAACAAAUAAAUGGGGAUCGGUUGUUCUUUUUUUUUUUUUUU